AUGUUCGAUGCCCUGCGAACGGGGCGUAUGAUGCUAAAACGCCGGAGUGAGAAAGUCACUUAUAGUAACGUGCGCCACGUGGUAGAGAACAUGACCAAGCGCGAAUUUCGGGUGGAGCACCUCGCGCAGAUCAAGUACCUCCGGCCGCAAGCUUUCGAUUGGCAGUACAUCAGGACACCAUCCGCCUCGAACCCACUUCAGAUGGAGAUACAGCUGCUGCUGACGUUUGAUCGGCCGACCUCUUCGGGGGCGGAGGGCCUUGGCGGCGGCAGCGUGGGCCGGUACAGCGGUGCUGCGGAGCUUUCGGAGUUUCGCGCGCAGCUGGAGGAGCACGCGAAAGCUAAUCCCGUGGACCCGGAAACCGGCAAGUUGCGAGAACCCGUCCCGCAGGCCCCGCUACCGCCUCGUCCAACGGCCUCCGGCCCGGCGCUCUCGCGCGCCGGAUCCCUGCCGCUAUGCGGCUUAUCCAGCCCUGGGGCCAGCGCCGGUGGGAGCGCUGCGGGAUGCAACGCGGGGCUUCUACAGACGGCCAGCUGUUCGUUUGGCAUGUUCACAGAUAAUGCGCAGGUCGCUGGCUUGGCGGCAGGGCUGGGGUCUCCUGGCAGCAGCAUGAGUAGCGGCAUGUCCGCGGCCUCGCCCUCCAUGACCCGCAGCCGAUCCCGGCUGGGCCUGCUUGGGGGCUCCAUGCCGGUGGCCUCUCUAACCCCCAUAUUGGAAGGAAACACGCCCGCAGUUCAGCAGAGGGCUGUGACGCCGCAGCAGCAACGGCCUCAUCCGCGGGCCUCUGGUAGCCCAAAGCAGAUGGAAGCAGAGGUAGCACUUGAAGAGGCGGCUGAAGGACCAGCGUUGGAACUAACGCAGCAUCAGGGCUCAAUGACGGCCAUGCAGCCAACGGCAUUCGGCGUUGCGGCCACAGUGGUGAGGACUCCGCAGUCGAAGGGACCCCGACCUGCAGGUCUUCCGACUACGCCAACGAGCCAGCAGCAACCGCAGUCGGCUGGGUUGGCGAGACUGCAUAGCUUGCUAUCUCCUGCCGCAAUGCAGAAAAUACUUGAGGCGGAGGCCGCACAAGUAGCACAAACACCGGAGGCCAAGCGACGGGCUGAAAUGCGGCGCGCCGUGCAGCUGUUGCCGCACGGCCACGAGCUUGUGCGCAUCAUUUUUGGCUUGCAGGGCCCGACCGUCAAGCCCUUGACACAGGUGGCACAGCUAAUGUGCGAACGUUCUACACAGCGUCAGGGUCUCGCCGCCCGUGACGCCAGCAACACGCUAGUUGCCAUGGCACGCGCCGUGCCCGAGUUCCUUCGCAUCGAAGACCCGCGGGUCCUGGCCGACGGCUCUGCGCGCCCGCGCAGCGUUGUCAUAAGCCGCGCCGCGAACAUCAAUGCCGUCGCAGCUAAGCUCAAGGCGCUCGCCGCUGACCCAGAUGCCGCCGUACAGUCCAUUUUCGAGCGCGGUGGUUGUGGAGCGGCGGAUGCAGGGACAAGGGCUGCUUCGCUGGGCCGCGCCGCCACCGGACCAAUUCCGGAGUCGCUUGCGGCAGGGUUAAAGCCCCGUUCCUUGGCACAGGCACUUGAAGAGGAUGGGGCAGCAACGGUGUCUGGUGUCGGGGGCCCUGCAGCAACGUCGAACAGCGGCCGAGCUGGCGGUGCAACAGCUUGCGGCCUGGAGAUGCCCCCGCCGACACCUUCAUCGCGUCGGCGGCCGCCAGGACUUCCGCUUGCGCCGCCAUCGCCCAUGCCGCAGCGCUGCGCACAGACGCCGACGCGCAGCGGGAUGGUGCGGGGUGAUCGACCGUCGGGGCCUAUUGGGUCCAUCCUGGCCGCACACGGGCAAGCUGCUACGGCUGCGUUGGCGGCGCCGGCACCUAUUGGGGGGGGUUGCAGCGGCUCCGCCGCCUCAGCGUCCGACGACGGGUUUUUGCAGAAGCUGUGCCGGACAGGUGCAGCGGUGGGUACAGCAAAGCCUGCAGUGGCUAUCAAAGAUUGCAGUAAUAGUGUUGGCGGAGCAUCGCCGUGCGAGUCUCGGGGUGCGGGUGGUGAUUUGGGGGAAAGUGAGGGCCAGGACGGCUCUGGUCGGACGCCAUCGCGCGUCACGGGGGGGGCUCGCACUCCCGGCCGGACAGCCGUGCAGGAGGAAAUGUUGAACAGCAUCCGCAGGAGCAGUGCUAAGCGUAGUUGUUGCAAGUUGUUGGAAGACGAGUUGGGAGUUGGACCAGGUUACGUCGAGGAUGGGGAGCCCGUCCCGAGGCGCCUGGAGGAGUCACUUCUUGAUUGA